AUGGAGACAGGCGAAGAUCAGCAGAAAGAUCUCUCCUUUGCAUCCUCCAGCAACAGCGACAUCGACGCGCUACUCGACUCAGCGAUUUUCGAGCUGCAGAUUGAGCUCAAGACCCCACUCGGCGCGGUCUUGGCCACCACACGCCACCGUGUAGCGCCUCAACGAAGCCACGAAACGCAUCAAGUCGAGUUCGAUCUCGACGCCCUGCUCAGCUUUGGCCAUCGAGAUGAUGGCGAUGACGUUCAGCUCAUCCUGUCCCUCCGCCUCGCCACGCCCGACGCUCCUACGUGGCUGGUCAUCGACGAACAGCGACUCCACUCCUUCGCCUUUGUGCGGGCCACCGACCACAACGACGCCGCGGGCGUGGUGCGGGUCGACUACCGCCGGCCGGGCUCACGCGGCGGCACAGUACUGGUGGGCGGCGACCAUACGCCCUUCUUCCCCUUCGCCUUCUUCUACAACUGGGGCGGCUAUCUGCGCGAGACAGAGCGCGGGCUGGAGCUGUUGGACGAGGUCGCAUCGGCGGGGUUCAACGUGAUCCACCCGGUGUCGCCGUUCGACCCGCCCACCACGCCCGCGGGCCACUCGCUACACGAUUGGUUCGAUCGGUGCCACCAGCUGGGCCUGCGCUUCCACUACGACCUCCGCCACUCCUACAAGAACCUCACCCAGGUGCAACUUGAGGUGGAGGCCUACAGAGGUCACCCGGCCUUGCUGUCAUGGUACAUCGCAGACGAGCCAGACGGUCCUGGCGACGACCCCGCACUCGCCGUGGCCGCGUAUCGGCUGGUGAAAAGGCUCGACCCGCGCCACCCCGUGUCGCUGGUGCUGAAUUGCCGCGACAGUUCGCCAUCGUUUCUCGACGCCACCGACAUCAUGAUGACCGACGUCUACCCCAUUGGAAUUGACACGACGCGGUGCAAUGCCACGUUCGGUGUGUGCGGCUGUGACGGGUGCGAGGGUCGUCCCUCCGACGUGGCCCAUCGACUGGACCACUACCGCAGGUCGUGGCCGCCUGCGCUUCGGCAUCGCAUGCCCAUCUGGAUAGUGUUGCAGGCGUUUGGGGGCGAACAUCAUUGGUCGCGGCUGCCCACUCCGCAAGAGAUCCGGCUCAUGACCUAUCUCGCACUCAUGCACGACGCCAACGGAAUAUUCUAUUGGUUGUAUCCGAUAGGCGACGGUGAUGACGCCACGGCCCUGGAGGCAGAGAUCGGGCGCCUGUGCCGCGAAGUGCUGCAAACGCUGGCGCCCUUCAUCAUCGCUGCCGGAAGCCAGAGCGGCGUCGAGAUCUCUGCGUCGAGCGCCGGGGUGCAUAUCAGGGCGUGGACGAAUGGGUCGGGCGACGGAGCGAUUCUCCUCCUCGUCGCCAACACGCGCGAAGAAACAGUGACGGCGAGCAUUGAGGUUCCUUGGCCUGGUCUGUGGGGCACGCGGAUGAGGCGGCUCUUCGUGGCGGAUGGUGAUGGCGACGCUGCGGAUCAGCUCGGGCUCUCGACAAUUCGAUUGACCCUGGCGGCCCUCGAAACGCGGGCCUACCUCCUCGUACCACCGCAGCCAAUCGAUCCCCUCGCUUUGCUGCUCGCCAAGCUUGAACUUCAUCAACAUCAACAACACCAACGUUAA